UCCGAGUGAGGCUCCUCCUCGAGGACUGUUCAGCCCUGCGCAGGGACUGGCUCUCCCGCAGCCAUUUUCUGUCCAACCAAACGGCCGAACUGAGACGCGAACCAACCAGGGCUUCAUCGCAGAUGGACGGAGACAGUUCAACCACAGAUGCCUCCCAGCUUGGCAUAACAGGAGAAUAUAUGGCUGGUAGUCACUUUGUUCUCCAAGCUCAGGAUGAUGAAGGUGAUGAGGGACUCAACGACCAUGAGGAUGGGAAUGGAAGCAAAGAUAACCUACGGGAGCAAGACAUCUAUCUCCCAAUCGCUAACGUUGCCCGAAUCAUGAAGAAUGGAAUACCACAAACAGGAAAGAUUGCAAAAGACGCCAAGGAGUGUGUGCAGGAGUGUGUGAGCGAGUUCAUCAGUUUCAUCACUUCAGAAGCCAGCGAGAGGUGCCAUCAGGAGAAACGCAAGACGAUAAACGGGGAAGACAUCCUGUUCGCGAUGUCCACGCUGGGUUUCGACAUGUAUGUGGAGCCUCUGAAGCUCUACCUGCAGAAGUUCAGAGAGGCUAUGAAAGGAGAAAAAGGCAUAAGCACUGUAACUGUAACCGAAGGCAUGGGAGAGGAGCUGACCGAUGAGUCUUUCACAAAUCCACUACCUGCAGGGAUCAUAACAGCUGAUGGACAGCAACAAAAUGUGAUGGUGUACACCACCUCCUAUCAGCAGAUCCCGGGUGUGCAACAGCUCCAGUUCUCCUGAAGAUGUGCUGCACUGUCACAUGCAGAAAUCCACACCUAAUCUUCACAAAUCAAGCCUCUACACUUCCACAUACAAGUGAAGGUCCUGAACGGUGGGCUCUGUGUGGUUGGUCUUCAGCGGACCCUCUUCUUCUGCUCUCACAGGUCACAGAGCUGGACUUCUAUGUUUAGCUUGUUUUCAGGUGUGCUCCGUGUGUUUCUGUGCACACACAUUAUGAUUUUAAGUGACUAGUCUGUUGGGUGUUUCUUUUGUUUGUUUUACAUCACACAUUGGGAGUUUUAAAGGGUCCUGAGGGGUUUAAAAAAUAACUUGACCUUCAAUUAAAGCAAUAAAAUAGAACAAAUGUAAAUCUUUCUGCAAUUACUGGAAUGAGUGCUUUGCUCCUUUAUAUAUAGAUGAAAACCAUGUUGCAUGUAUAAUUUCAGUUUGAUAAGAUGUUAACACAAAACAAAAUGGGUAUUUUUUUGUAAAUUAUUUUUUGUUUUUCUCAAUGUUUUCAUGAAUUUGUAUUGAUGCAGUUCGCUUAACAUGAAGAACGCAUUUUAAAGCAAUCUGCAUUUAUCAAUCAAAGUCCAAAAAACCCCCCUAAAUUCUAGUCUAAGUUCUUCAAUGUGGCCCAUUUUAUAUCAGUGACUUUCUUUGGAUGAAUUUACAUUAAAUUCUUGCUGGCCACAAA